UCGCGUAGAGGAAGGUUAGUGCCCAUUGGUUGAAGAGGUUGAAUGUAAGAUGGCGCCCAGAGAGCUGUAAGGGAAAAUCCUGUCGGUCUGAAACGAGGACAGCAGAACGGGGACCGUAGUGGCGCAGCGGGAGGAGCGGUGGAGGCGCCGGGAAUCCUAAGAACCUUGCAAUAUGAAUAAUUCUUUGGAAAACACCAUUUCCUUUGAAGAGUACAUCCGGGUGAAAGCACGGUCAAUCCCCCAGCACAGGAUGAAGGAGUUCCUGGACUCCUUAGCGUCCAAGGGACCCGAAGCCCUUCAGGAGUUCCAACAGACGGCUACCACCACCAUGGUAUACCAGCAGGGUGGGAACUGCAUUUACACAGAUAGCACAGAAGUAGCUGGAUCUUUGCUUGAACUUGCCUGUCCUGUUACCACCAGUGUCCAACAACAGACCCAACAAGAACAGCAGAUUCAAGUUCAGCAGCCACAGCAGGUUCAGGUGCAGGUGCAGGUCCAGCAGUCCCCUCAGCAGGUGUCAGCCCAGCAGCUCUCUCCUCAGCUGACCGUCCAUCAGGCUGCCGAACAGCCGAUACAGGUCCAGGUGCAGAUCCAAGGCCAGGCCCAGCAGCAGGCCCCCCAGGCGAUUCAGAGUCAGUCUCUGCAGAACCCGAGCCCGUCUCAACUUCAGGCAGCUCAGAUCCAGGUGCAGCACGUGCAGACGGCCCAGCAGAUUCAGGCCCCGGAGAUCCAGGAGGAGCACAUACAGCAUCAGCAGAUUCAGGCCCAGCUCGUGGCGGGGCAGGCUAUCGCCGGGGGUCAGCAGAUCCAGAUCCAGACAGUCGGGGCCCUGUCCCCUCCGCCUUCCCAGCAAGGCUCGCCGAGGGAGGGGGAACGGCGGAUCAGCACGGCCAGCGUUCUUCAGCCGGUGAAGAAACGUAAAGUGGAUAUGCCCAUUACCGUGUCAUAUGCUAUUUCUGGGCAGCCAGUUGCUACCGUGCUGGCUAUUCCCCAAGGUCAGCAGCAGAGUUACGUGUCCUUAAGGCCAGACCUAUUGACAGUGGACAGCGCUCACUUGUACAGCGCCACCGGGACCAUCACCAGCCCGACCGGAGAGACCUGGACCAUCCCCGUGUACUCUGCCCAGCCCCGCGGUGACCUGCAGCAGCAGAACAUAACCCACAUCGCCAUCCCUCAGGAGGCCUACAACGCAGUCCACGUCAGUGGCUCGCCGACGGCCUUAACAGCUGUGAAGUUGGAGGAUGACAAGGAUAAGAUGGUGGGCGCCACAUCCGUAGUGAAAAACUCGCAUGAGGAAGUAGUGCAGACCCUGGCCAACUCCCUCUUUCCAGCGCAGUUCAUGAAUGGCAACAUCCACAUUCCGGUGGCGGUGCAGGCCGUAGCGGGGACCUACCAGAACGCAGCGCAGACUGUGCACAUAUGGGACCCUCAGCAGCAGCAGACCCCACAGGAGCAGACGCAGCAGCAGCAGCAGCAACAACAGCAGCAGCAGCAGCUUCAAGUAACCUGUUCAGAGGUCCCUGGGGAGCUGGAUGAGGGAGUGCAAGUGCUUUGGAGUCAGGCUCAAGCUGUCCAGGUUGCUGAAGUUGAGCCACAACCACAACCGCAGCCUUCACCCGAACUCCUCCUCCCAAAUUCCCUAAAACCAGAAGAAGGGCUUGAAGUGUGGAAGAGCUGGGCCCAGACCAAGAAUGCUGAACUGGAGAAGGACGCCCAGAACAGAUUAGCGCCAAUUGGGAGACGUCAGCUACUGAGGUUCCAGGAAGAUCUCAUCUCCUCGGCAGUGGCAGAGUUGAAUUAUGGGCUGUGUUUAAUGACACGGGAAGCCCGCAAUGGAGAAGGGGAGGCCUAUGACCCAGAUGUGCUGUACUACAUCUUCCUCUGUAUUCAGAAGUACCUGUUUGAAAAUGGUCGAGUAGAUGACAUAUUUUCUGAUCUUUACUAUGUCCGGUUCACCGAGUGGCUGCAUGAAGUUCUAAAGGAUUUUCAGCCUCGGGUCACCCCUCUCGGUUACGUCCUGCCCAGUCAUGUGACAGAGGAGAUGCUGUGGGAAUGUAAGCAACUGGGCGCUCACUCCCCGUCCACGCUGCUCACCACGCUCAUGUUUUUUAAUACCAAGUACUUCCUGUUGAAAACCGUAGACCAGCACAUGAAGCUGGCCUUCUCCAAAGUCUUGCGACAGACAAAGAAGAACCCUUCGAAUCCCAAGGAUAAGAGCACAAGUAUCCGGUAUCUGAAGGCAUUUGGGAUUCACCAGACAGGCCAGAAAGUUACAGAUGAUAUGUACGCGGAGCAGACGGAGAACCCGGAGAAUCCAUUGAGGUGUCCCAUAAAGCUCUAUGACUUCUACCUCUUCAAAUGCCCCCAGAGUGUGAAAGGUCGAAAUGAUACGUUUUACCUGACACCGGAGCCCGUCGUGGCACCCAACAGUCCCAUCUGGUAUUCAAUCCAGCCAAUCAGCAGAGAGCAGAUGGAGCAGAUGCUGACACGAAUCCUGGUGAUACGCGAAAUUCAGGAAGCUAUUGCUGUAGCAAAUGCCAGCAAUAUGCACUAAGGCUCCCUUCUCAUCUGAGAUAAAGGAAAUGAAAUAAGCAAGGAAAAAAACUGUAUGGACUUUCACACUAAAGAAGAGGCCUAAGUUUUUCUUUCUUUUCUAUUUUUUUUUCCCUCCUUAUUGGUGUAGCUAUGAAGCCCUUUUAGGCUGCUUCUGUAUAAAAGGAAAACAUACCCCCCUCCCCUUCCCCCCCGCCCUGUGCAUCAUGACAGACUGUAUACCCAUUGGAGCGCUGUUUUUGAGAGAGCUGGAAGUCCUGGAAAGUUGCUGGCUGACUUUUUUUUUUUUUUUUUGGUUGAGGCCUGGACCCACCGUAUAGGAGAAUUUCCGGUCCCCUCCGCACCUCCAGAGAGAGUGGACAUAAUGAUAAAUGGACCCUGAAGACACCUGCCGUCCUCACCUGCCUACUGAGGCUUGGGCUGGACUGGUCGUCUAAGGGGCAGCAAUUAAUGUUUUCUUUCUUUUGUGCUCAGAUAUUAACUUGGCAUCAUAAUGGAAAAUUAGGGGAAGGAACUUCAGUUAUGAUUAAUUAAAGACAAUUUCUAUUCAUUCCCUAAAGACAAGUGACAUUUUUAGAUGUUAAAGUAAAAACUUUACUUUUUUUUUUUUUGGCCUAACAUUGAGGCCUUAAACUUGAGGCUCCUGUGCCUGAUGGGAUUCUUGUAACAUACACUUGUGUAUCAUAUAAAGAUACCACCUUGUUUCUCUUAUGUAUUCUUACUCUAGUUGUUUAUUAAGAAUGACGAGCACGUCUUUUCAACA